AUUUUGUUUUAAAGUAUGUCCAGAAAUAACGAAAGCAGUGAAGGAGAAGAGGAUGUGGAUCAGUGUUUCUUGGAUAAGGUGUUGAAUCAACUUUACGAUUUUGGUGAUGGGGCGAAAUGUCGAAAGAAUAAGAAAUUGCAGAAGAAAAAGAAGAAUAUGUCACACAAAGAAGAAAUCUCGGAAUCAGACAACAAUGACACCACCACAAACUCUGAGAUGUGUAAUGUCUCGGAUGAUGAGAAGCCUCUGAAUGCUAAAGACUGUGGUCAACGUGAUUUGGAUUUAACCAGCUCAAAGGUUGAGAAUUCAUCCUCAGCGACAAAGCAUUCAAAUGUCCAGGUGGUGUUGUUCGAAGACCCUUUGAAGAAAAGGAAAUCAAAACCUCAAGAGGAAGCAGAACCAGAAAUAAAGCCUCCAGAGAUGAAGAAAAGGAAAGCAGACGAGGAUGAUGAAGAGUUCAGCAUAGAAAAGGCACGACUUGAAGUCCAUAGAUUUGGAAUCACAGGUUAUAAGAAGGAUCAGCAAAGAGUGUUUGAACAAGACAGAGCGAUCAUGCUUGGAGCAAGGCCCCCCAAAAAAGAAUAUGUCAACUACAAAACAUUCCAGCAAAUGAUCAAAGACAAGAAGCAGAAAGAGGCUGAAGAGGCGAAAAUGGACAAAAGUAUAAAGAGAAGGAAAGAAGGAAAGUCAAGGGACAAGAAGCAGAAGCCAUCCUCCAGGGGAGAGCCCUCAGGUCAGAUGGGCCGCUUCAACGGAGGUGUGCUCGUCCUGAACCCCAAACAGUUACAGGCAAUGAAAAGCAAAAUAAAAAAGUGAAAGCUGUCAAA